UACAUUUCGGAGCACUUUUUGCUGAGCACCGAUCAUUCACCGAUCUCUUUUUGACAGCGAUUGCGAUUGUCAAGUCGGUUUUCCAUAAUGUCUUCACCCUUCGCGACGAACGAAUGGAUUCCAUACGCUCUUGCUUUGACAGCCAUCUUGACCGGUGCUGUCAUUUUCAGCAGCCAGGGUGGUGGACGCAAAGUGUUGAAGCCUGAUGUUUUCCAAGAGUUUGAGCUUGGGGAGAAGACUGUCCUCUCCCACAACACAGCCAUUUACCGCUUCAAGCUCCCCAAGGAGAGCGACAUCCUCGGUCUGCCUAUCGGUCAGCACAUUUCUCUUGCCGCCACCAUUGAAGGCCAGCCCAAGGAAGUUGUUCGCUCGUACACCCCCACCUCCUCCGACAACGAUAAGGGCUUCUUCGAUCUCCUGAUCAAGGCCUACCCCACCGGCAACAUCUCGAAGUAUGUCGCAAACCUCAAGAUCGGUGACAAGAUGAAGGUUAGGGGCCCCAAGGGCGCCAUGGUCUACACCCCCAACAUGGUCAGGCACUUCGGUAUGAUUGCAGGUGGAACCGGCAUCACACCCAUGCUGCAGGUCAUCAAGGCCAUCCACCGCGGCCGCGCCACCGGCGACAAGACCGAGGUCGACCUCAUCUUCGCAAACGUCAACCCCGACGACAUCCUGCUCAAGGAUGACCUCGAUGCGCUUGCCGCCCGGGACCCCAAGUUCCGCGUACACUACGUCCUGAACAACCCACCUGAGGGCUGGACCGGUGGCGUUGGCUUCGUCACCGCGGACUUGAUCAAGGAGAAGCUUCCUGCGCCGGCCAGCGACGUCAAGGUUCUGCUCUGCGGGCCCCCACCCAUGAUCGCCGCGAUGAAGAAGGCGACCGAGAGUCUGGGCUUCACCAAGGCUAAGCCCGUUAGCAAGCUCGAAGACCAGGUCUUCUGCUUCUAAAUGGGUCAUGAGGAAGUCUGUAUGGACUCGAAUUGUGGGGGGACGGGCGCAAGUAUAGACAUGUACACCUUGCCUGUGUAAAUAUUCAACACUUAAGCGUUCGCGCAAGCGAAUCUAGUCUGAAAAGUAAUGUCACGUACCUAUUCUGAACCCA